CUCUCUCUCUUCUUCCCGGUCCAAGCAGCUCUUCAUUCGCAACCAUGGCCUCGUCGUCCUCCGUCACCCCUAUCAAGGUCACCAAGAUCGCCUGCAUCGGUGCUGGCUACGUCGGCGGCCCUACAUGCUCCAUGAUUGCGCACAAGUGCCCGCACAUUCAGGUCACCAUUGUCGACAUGAACCAGGAGCGCAUCGACGCGUGGAACUCGGACACGCUCCCGAUCUACGAGCCGGGCCUCGAGGAGGUGGUCAAGAAGUGCCGCGGCAAGAACCUCUUCUUCAGCACCGACAUCGACAAGGCCAUCAUCGAGGCCGACCUCAUCUUCGUCUCGGUCAACACGCCGACCAAGAAGACCGGCGUUGGCGCGGGCUACGCCGCCGACCUCUUCUACGUCGAGAGCUGCACUCGCCGCAUCGCCUCGGUCGCGACCUCGUCCAAGAUCGUCGUCGAGAAGUCGACCGUCCCCUGCCGCACGGCCCAGUCGAUGCGCACCAUCCUCGAGGCCAACUCGCGCCCGGGCCUCCGGUUCGACAUCCUGUCCAACCCCGAGUUCCUCGCCGAGGGCACGGCCAUGUCGGACCUCGACAAGCCCGACCGCGUCCUCAUCGGCUCGCUCAGCACGCCCGAGGGUCGUGCGGCGCAGACGUCGCUCAUCGAGGUCUACUCCAACUGGGUCCCCAAGGAGAAGGUCAUCGGCACCGGCCUGUGGAGCUCUGAGCUCACCAAGCUCGCCGCCAACGCCAUCCUCGCUCAGCGCAUCUCGUCGAUCAACGCCCUCUCGGCCAUCUGCGAGGUGACGGGCGCCGACGUUGACGAGGUCGCGUACGCGUGCGGCCUCGACUCGCGCAUCGGCCCCAAGUUCCUCAAGAGCUCGGUCGGCUUUGGCGGCUCGUGCUUCCAGAAGGACAUCCUCAACCUCGUCUACCUCUCGGAGAGCCUGCACCUGCCCGAGGUUGCCGACUACUGGCGCCAGGUCAUCACGAUGAACGAGUACCAGAAGAGCCGCUUCGCCAAGACGGUCGUCUCGAGCAUGUUCAACACGAUCACGAACAAGAAGCUCGCCGUCCUCGGCUUUGCGUUCAAGAAGGACACGGGCGACACGCGCGAGACGCCGUCGGCGACCGUGUGCCGCUUCUUCCGCCAGGAGAACGCCAAGAUCUCGAUCUACGACCCCAAGGUGUCGGAGAAGCAGAUCUUCCUCGACCUCACCGAGCCGGGCGUCGUCGACGACGCUGCCGCCGCCAAGAAGCAGGUGACGGUCUGCCAGUCGGCGAUGGAGGCGUGCACGGGCGCCGAGGGCAUCUGCAUCCUGACCGAGUGGGACGAGUUCAAGCAGCUCGACUGGCCCGCCAUCUACAAGUCGAUGGCCAAGCCGGCCAUGGUGUUUGACGGCCGCGGCAUCCUCGAGGCCGACAAGCUGCGCGAGAUUGGCUUCAAGGUCUUCUCGAUCGGCAAGGGCGUCAACCUCUGAGCGUCGCUCGUCGCCGAGUGUCUGCUGUUGUCGUCGUCGUCGUCUUGCGGGUCCGGGCCGGCGUGCCCUUGCAGUAGCGUUCCUCCUCUCCUCUCUCUCUCUAUCCUCUCGAGAUCUGUGCCCUCUCAUAGACCCCGCCUCUCGCUGUCCCAUCCCUGCAUGUACCCCUGCUUUUCCUCUCCAUC